AUGUUUGUUUUCUACUUAUCAAUUGUUCAUUUAACUUUAAGUCAAGAUUUCAUCGCUCCGUUAAUAUUUUCCGAUUGUACACAUUUAAUCUUACCAUCUCUUUGUCAAUGUUAUCAUUCAGGUGAGCAAUCUCAAUUGCAUUGUCAUAAUAUACAGUUAAAUUUCAUACCAAAAUUACCAAAUAAUAUGCAUUGGUAUGCAUUAGAUUUUUCAUUAAAUAAUAUUAAAUCUGUUGAUAGUUAUGUAUUUUCUGAUAUAUAUGUUGAAAAAUUAAAUUUAAAAUCAAAUUAUCUUCAAACAAUUGAUAUAACUGCAUUUGAUCAAAUCAAAAAUUUAAAACAAUUAUUUCUCGAUCAUAACCAAUUGAAAAAAAUCGAUCCCAAAGCAUUAAUUUCUCCAGGCGUUAGUUUAGAAAUUUUUGAUCUUUCAUAUAAUCCACUUGAAUAUUUGGAUCUUGGUCAAAUAUUUAUUCAUUUAUCACUCCUAAGAGAAUUUUAUGCUGUAUCAUGUCAAUUAACUAAUUCAAGUUUAUUUACAUUAUUAAAAUUAACUGAAUAUCAUCAUCAUAUAAAAAUAAUUGAUUUAAGUCAUAAUAAUCUAACAUCAUUAUGUAAUAAUUUAUUUAAUAAUUUUUAUAAUUUAAUUGAACUUCGUCUUAAUAAUAAUAAUAUUCAUUCAAUUGAUAAUUAUUUUAUUCGUUCACUUAAUUAUAUAAGAAUAUUAAAUUUAGCAUUUAAUUCAAUUGAAUAUGUUCCAAAUUUAUUUAGUUCAUCACUUGAAAAUUUAAAUUUAUCAUCAAAUAAUAUUCGACAUUUAAAUGAUUAUUUUGCAUCAAAUCUUCAUUCAAUACGUUUAAUUGAUUUUGAUUCAAAUAAAUAUUUAAAUUCAAUAUCACCACGUUCAUUUUGUUUUAUAAACAUUUUAACAUUAAAAAAAUUAUCAUUUCGUUAUAAUAAUAUUUUUUUAUUAAAUACAUUUUAUGAAUUAUUAUGUCGUUUAUUAGAAAAUAAUAAUAAUCAAAGUAUUCUUGAUUUAAAUCAUAAUCCAAAUUUAAAAUGUAAUUGUACGUUAAUACAAUUUGAAAAAUAUUUAAUUAAUUAUUUGGAUUUAACAUGUACACAUCAUGGACAAGAUCGAUAUUUUAUAUCAAAAGUAACGAAUUUAUUUUCAAAUUGUACAAGAGAUUUUUGUAUAAAACAGAAAAAAGAACAUUUAUGUGAAUGGACUAAUGCAGAAAAAUUGAUAUUAGAAGGAACAUGUCAAGUACAAUUGAUCAAAAAAGAAAAUUCAACAAAGAACGAAUCAGAAUUAAUAAUAACAAUAAUGAAUUCAAAUUUAUCUGAGAUUAUUGUUGAUAAUGCAACAAAAUUUUAUAACAACACACAAAAAUCUUUUGCACUAUCAAUCAAAAGAGUAGAUUAUAUUUGGUUUUUUAUCGUAUUAUUUUUAUUAUAUAUAUGA